AUGGGUUCUUCUUUGUGGACUUUGUGUCUUGUUUUGGUUUCACUAGCCUCUUCUGCACUCUGUGCCAACCCACGGAGCCCAGUGGAUGUUCCAUUUGGCCGAAACUACGUUCCCACAUGGGCUUUUGAUCACAUCAAAUACUUCAAUGGUGGUUCUGAGAUUCAGCUUCAUCUUGACAAGUACACUGGCACUGGCUUCCAGUCCAAAGGGUCGUAUUUGUUUGGUCACUUCAGCAUGAACAUAAAGAUGGUUCCUGGUGAUUCUGCUGGCACAGUCACUGCUUUCUAUUUAUCAUCUCAAAACGCGGAGCACGAUGAGAUAGACUUUGAGUUCUUGGGGAACAGAACAGGACAACCUUACAUUUUGCAGACAAAUGUGUUCACUGGAGGCAAGGGUGACAGAGAGCAAAGAAUCUAUCUCUGGUUUGAUCCCACAAAAGCAUACCACAGAUACUCUGUGCUAUGGAACAUGUAUCAGAUUGUGUUCCUAGUGGAUAACAUCCCAAUCAGGGUGUUCAAGAACCUGAAGGAGUUGGGAGUGAAGUUCCCCUUUGACCAACCCAUGAAGGUAUACAACAGUUUGUGGAAUGCUGAUGAUUGGGCCACAAGGGGUGGUUUGGAGAAAACAGACUGGUCAAAAGCUCCUUUCGUGGCGGAGUACAAGGGUUUCCACAUCGACGGGUGUGAGGCCUCAGUGAAUGCUAGGUUCUGUGACACACAGGGCAAGAGAUGGUGGGAUCAAACAGAGUUUCAUGACCUUGAUGGUUUUCAGUGGAGAAGACUCAAAUGGGUGCGCCAGAAAUUCACCAUCUACAACUACUGCACUGACAGAACCCGUUACCCUCAGCUUCCACCAGAAUGCAGAAGAAACCGUGACAUUUAA